CCUCGUGAGCGCGCCUGCGCGGGGCCGCGCUCGAGGCGGCGGUGGCGCUAGGGGCGGGAGCGCGCGCCGGGGAGCGAGGGAGCAAGUGGUCUCGGCGGCGGCCCGGCCCGCGGCUUUGGGUGGCUCGGGCGGCUGGGGCGGGGGGGUGGGGGGGCCGCCAGGCAGGUGGGGCGCGAAAGCGAUGAAUCUUCGGCUCUUCCUCCUCCUCCUCCGGGACCCGCUCUCCGCCUCCCGCUCCAACGCCCGGAUGAUCUGAGCCGCGAGGGCGCCGAGAGCCGGGGGCCCGGACGCAGCCCGGCUCCUCCCCUCCUCCGCCCCCUCCCCGACCUGACCGGGUCGGCCGCCGCGGUGCUGACCCCCCACCCCCCCCUUCCCGCCCCUUCCCCGGCCGCCGUCGCCUCCGCUGCCUCGGCCGACCAGGGACCUGCCAGCCCGCGGCUGCUCCGGGCGGAGAGGUACAAGACAUAAUGGGAGCAUUUUUAGACAAGCCAAAGAUGGAAAAGCAUAAUGCCCAGGGGCAGGGUAAUGGGUUGCGUUAUGGGCUAAGCAGCAUGCAAGGCUGGCGAGUUGAAAUGGAGGAUGCACAUACAGCUGUGAUUGGUUUGCCAAGUGGACUUGAAACAUGGUCAUUCUUUGCUGUAUAUGAUGGGCAUGCUGGUUCUCAGGUUGCCAAAUACUGCUGUGAGCAUCUAUUAGAUCACAUCACCAAUAACCAGGAUUUUAAAGGAUCUACAGGCGCUCCUUCUGUGGAAAAUGUAAAGAAUGGAAUCAGAACAGGUUUUCUGGAGAUUGAUGAACACAUGAGAGUUAUGUCAGAGAAGAAACAUGGUGCAGAUAGAAGUGGGUCAACAGCAGUGGGUGUCUUAAUUUCUCCUCAUCAUACUUAUUUCAUUAACUGUGGAGACUCAAGAGGUUUACUCUGUAGGAACAGGAAAGUUCACUUCUUCACACAAGAUCACAAACCAAGUAAUCCGCUGGAAAAAGAACGAAUUCAGAACGCAGGUGGUUCUGUAAUGAUUCAGCGUGUGAAUGGCUCUCUGGCUGUCUCACGGGCUCUUGGGGACUUUGAUUACAAAUGUGUUCAUGGAAAAGGUCCUACAGAGCAGCUUGUCUCACCAGAGCCUGAAGUCUAUGAUAUUGAAAGAUCUGAAGAAGAUGAUCAGUUCAUUAUCCUUGCAUGUGAUGGUAUUUGGGAUGUUAUGGGAAAUGAAGAGCUCUGUGAUUUUGUAAGAUCCAGACUUGAAGUCACUGAUGACCUUGAAAAAGUUUGCAAUGAAGUAGUCGACACUUGUUUGUAUAAGGGAAGUCGAGACAACAUGAGUGUGAUAUUGAUCUGUUUUCCAAAUGCUCCUAAAGUAUCACCGGAAGCAGUGAAGAAGGAGGCAGAGUUGGACAAGUACCUGGAAAGCAGAGUAGAAGAAAUCAUAAAGAAGCAGGGGGAAGGCGUCCCUGACUUAGUCCAUGUGAUGCGCACAUUAGCCAGUGAGAACAUCCCCAGCCUCCCACCAGGGGGUGAAUUGGCAAGCAAGCGGAAUGUAAUUGAAGCCGUUUAUAAUAGACUGAAUCCUUAUAAAAAUGAUGACACUGACUCUGCAUCAGCCGAUGACAUGUGGUAAAACUGCUCAUCUAGCCAUGGAGUUUGCCUUCACCUCCAAGGGAGUGUACAGCUCAGCUUCAUUGAACCUUUUAAAUAUCCAUUCUCAACUUUAAAGAAGGGCAUGUGACCGGUGAGAGUGAUCACACCAGAGAACUUCAGCAGUGCAACAGCUAGCCCAGAACUGAUUUUUUUUUUUGUAAAUUUGAGACUUAUGUAAACGUGAUUUCAAACCAUAAUUCAUGUUGUAAAUCAGACUCCAGCAAUUUUUGUUGUAUGAUUUUGUUUUUUUUUUUGUAAAGUGUAAUUGUCCUUGUACAAAAUGCUCAUAUUUAAUUAUGAACUGCUUUAAAUCACUAUCAAAGUUACAAGAACUAUUUGGCUUGUUGUGUGAUGCAACAGAUAAAUAGCCCUUCAAGUCAUGUGUCCGGACUUGGGUGGUACAGGGAGAGCAGCAGCCAUGUAUGUCAGCAAGACACUCAAAUGUGUUGGUGAUUAUGGAGAAUAAUUCCAAAAUAUUUACAAAGCUGAAUACCCAGAGUUACUAAAAACUAUUUAAUGUUCAUGGCAGUGGGAUUGGCAUUGUUAAUAAAGCUGAUCCCUUUAUUUAACUGUCUUUUAGGUUGUUCUCUCCUUGUUUGCCGUGAGUAUUGCAGGUAAUACAGUAUAUUCAUAAGAAUACCAAUCUUGGGGCUAGAAUGCCUUGAUACCCUACACCUCCUUUACAAGUUCUUACAUUUAAUUACUAAUUGAUAAGCAGCAGCUUCCUACAAUCUAGUAGGAGACUGCCAUAUUUUUGCUAUCAUGAUUGGCUGGGCCUGCUGCUGUUCCUAGUAAGAUAUUCUGAAUUCCAUUUUAUCAAUAAAGCUUGAUUUAACAAACAAGAUAUUUAAUCAUGUAUGUGUAAUUCCUCCUUUUACCCUCCUCCCUUUCAGACACCAUGCCAUUGUAAAUGAGAAGUUUCUCAUGGGGAAAGAUGUUAGUCUCUUUUAUAAUUGGAAAGUACUGUUACUCAAGGCAUAGAUGAAACUGUUUCCUUCCAUUCAUUACACUGAAAGAUUCAAGUCUCUGUUGUUCUUUAAUAUAUAUUUUUUAAAUUGGUUUCUUUGUUUUUUCAUUAAGAUGUGUAUCAGCUUGAAUUUACCUAUUGUUUACUUAAAAUAGUUGUCAAAGUUGUGACAAUCUAAAACAAUGGUAAGGGUGUAUGUGUGUGUUUUGAGUGUGUGUUUUUCUAUGAUUUUUUAAUUGGCCCAUGUCUUUAGAAUUCAAGUAAUUAAGAUGUAUUUGUGAUUUGAAACAGCAUGUUGAUAAUAUUUAGCUGUUGGCCUUUAAAAUAACUUUCAAAGCUUAAGGAAUUGUAGAUAUAAAAGAACCUAAUUUAAUUUAGGCAUAAAUUCCUCUGAAUAAGCAUGUGAAAGUAAGCUUUUAAAUCUGUCACAUUGAAAAGACUACUGUUCUGUGCCCAUCUGUAUUUUUUUGUCUUUUUAGGUUAAAUAUUGUAUUUACCAUCAUGUAAUUUAAUUACUCACUAGACAGAUUGCCCUCUAGAAAAUUAAGUGUAAGAUUAAAUACAACAUUGAAUACAGAAUCAAAGUUUUGUGUAUAAAAGGUAGUGUAAUCAAUUUUGUUAUAUUUGUUUCUUCCCUAACUUAGAAAUACACGUAUUUGUAUAUAUAGCCUUAAAUCUCAUGUAAAGUUAGGGAAGUAGUGGAAAAAGUAAUGUGAAGUGUCUCAGAUUUAAGUAGUUACCAGCAAAAUUUUUCAUUAUCCCCUUUAUUUGUGAGGUGACUAAAUGUAACUUAAUUGUAUUUAAUUUAUAUCUUAAUCCAGCAUGAAUGAAGAAAAAACAAGUACUAUUUAUAUUUAGGAGUCCAUAACAGUUGGAAUUACAGAACUAAUUCCAUAUUUGCAAAUAAAUGCUUAAUGUCUAAAUCUGUGGUAGAGUGCAAAGUAUGAUAAUGUUCUAAGUUAUAGCUUUACAAGCAUCUGAACAUGUAUUUAGUGAAUACCAGUGCUUUUAGUAGAUUUAUUACAGAGGUAAUAGUACUGAAAACUAAAUCCCUACUAUAAUAAGCAGGUCCUUAAUUUUUAAGUAGACUGAAAUUUUUAGCCUGGAAAUUUCAAAACCUCGAAUUAGAUUUUGAAAAUCUUGAAUCACAAAACUUAAAUCACAAGUGAAAUAUGUAAUAUGUAAUGGAAAGCUAUAUUUCAAACUACAACAGCAUAUUUGAAGUCUUUUUUGAAACUUUUUUAGAGAUUAAAAUAUUCCUAUUAAUUAUUCAUACUGAAUUUAGGCUUGGAAAUUAAAGGAAAUUGUUACAGUACGAUUUAAGAAGACUAAACCUUUUCCACAUGAGUCAGCAUUGCCAUACUAGGUACAACUUUUCAUUGUAAAAACAAAUAAUAAUACAGCAAGGCAAGUCUCUAUGUUAACAGUAAAACUCUUGUGUUCUUGAUCCUAAGGGUAAUGGUGGUGGUGGGGAGCCAGUCAUACUUUUAAAGGCACUUUUGCACUUCUAUUGUGCACUUCAUUUUAUACCACUUAAAUUGUUGACCUCACCCCCUUUUGUGUGCUAUUUAGCAUCUCAGGGCAAUGCCUCAACAUUUUUUGAUGUUUGUUAUUUGGAGGGGAAAGUUCUUGUAUGAUGAUACUAUACUAUUCAAAAUAUACAUUCAUUUCAAUGUUUUAAUAGGGAGAAGCUAAUUUGCUGCUUUUAAUAGGAAAUUCAGUUUGUAUAGCAGAUUCUUGUUACCCUAAUAUUAAAAUUUUUCACCAAUCUUAUUUUAGCAAGGUCAGAUCUCUUUAGUUUCUACUUUCUUAGGCAUAUGCUUUUAAAGAUAACAAGCAGUUUUCAACAUUAGCAUUAACUUAAAAAAUCAAAGCAGUAAUCUUAUUUAUCUUUAGAACUAUUUCAAACAUUUUUAAUGAUAAUGCAUUAACUUGCUUAUAGAGUACUAUGCAAUUACUGUACUGCUCCAGCCACUUAAUUUUUUUUUACUAACUUUAUAAUAUAAGAUUAAAGAAUAAGUUAUAUAAUUUAGAUAAUCUGAUUUAUAUUAGUACUUUUAGUGAUUUCACUAUAUAUAUUAAUCCAGAUAAUAUCUCUACUUUUCCAUAUCUGCAAAACAGUGUUCUGGGCAAGGUACCUUGAAACUACAAUGGCUAGGUUCCUACUCUCGAGUUUACAUUUCAAGUUGAACUUACGAUGCAGUUUAUGUUAUAACUGAAUUACUUAUCAAAAAUGUUUUUAUUGCUCACCUGUUUUCUGUCUGCCCGAUUCUUUACUGUGUAAAGCAGGUCUGUGCCCUAAAAGAACUCAUGUGCUUCCUUUAUUCACUUUGAAAAUUAUUUUCCUCUAUUCUCCCCAGUUAAAACUAUUAUUCAAAAUAAAACUUUGCUCAAUGUAAGAAUAAAGUUGAACUGAUGCAACUUAGAUCUAUUUAGUAUGCUCAGAUUGCCUAUUACAAAUGACCUUUACUCUUACUUCUGACAGCAUCAGUCAAUGAAAUUGGUAAUGAAUAAUUUCAAAUUCUCAGCCCCGGAAACAUUAUGUGGAGUUUAGAUAUAGGCAUUUAAACUAGCUCUGUGUGUGUGUGUGUGUGUGUGUGUGUGUGUGUGUGUGUGUGUGUGUGUGUGUGUGUGUGUGUGUGUGAGAGAGAGAGAGAGAGAGAGAAAAAUAAUUUUCAAAAAGGUGGGAGUGUGGUCAUUUUGUGAAGCUUUUGUAAAAAUUUUAAAAAGCGCAUUAUUAAAAACAGGAUACUAUGAUUAUUGAUGAAAUAAGGUGUACAUGUAUAUAAAACAUUUAGAAGUUCUUUUCCUGAAAAUACUGCCAGUGUUUCUAUCCAGUCUUAGCCAUAUGAUUAUGUUUUACUUUUUUAAAAGUAAGUUCACUGCCCAUCUUUACUGGACAAAUCUGUAUGGGAGUUCAAUUUGCAUUUUCUAGUAGAAUUGAUAAAAUUGGGUACUAGUUCUCUUUUUCCAAUUUGGCAUUUCAUGGCAUAUUAAAAAGUUGAAAGAUUUAUGCCGUUAAUGCUUUGAUUGGUAUUUAUGUUAGGAUUUGGCAUUAGAAAAUAUUAUAUAAAUGUAUCAGUAUAUAAAUGUUUCCUGAGGUCUUUCUUUGAAGGAAUCUUAGAUUUUCAUCUGCUUUUGCUUGCAGAUACUGUGAAAUUACCAUUUUUAAUUGAGUGAUUGAGUCUUCCUAUUCGUUUUUCUUUUAGGCAUUUGGAAGAUGGUAUUCAACUUUUUAUACAACUGAUUUUAUUCUCUUCAUUAAUGUGCCACGAAUUUGGGGGUUUUAAUUUGUUUUAAUUUGUUUUAAAUUAUACAUUGCCUAAGUAUAUGCUUGAAAUAUUUAUAAGAAUACAAUUUUUAAAUAUAUAAUACUGUAUUGUAUUGGCAGAAUUAUCUCAGUUAAAUGUUAAUUAUUAUUGACAGUGCUAUAUAGAAAUGAUGAAAAGAAUUUGUUUGACUGUCAAAUGAACAUUUCUACUUUUGUCCACCUACAUACAAAUUUUGUCUUACCUGCAUUUUUAUUAAGCAACUGGCUUCUGCUCUCAUAUUUUAUUACCAGCAGGUAGGAAUUACCAAUUUUUGAAACUAGAUGUAAUUUAUUUACACUUUUACUAGAUGGGGAGAAAGGCUUUGUUUAAAUUGAUAUAGCAAAGGUAACAAAGUGACUUUUUUUCCCCUAGUUUUUGAUCUUCCAGUUCUGUGGUCUUUAACCAGCAGUGUCAGGGAUUGAACCUGGGCUUUUUAUAUGUGAGGCAUGUACUGCACUCUCUCUCCAAACCCUCAAAUAUUUUUUCUUUUAUCCUGCACAAAAUGUUUCAUUCCCUGUACUGCCUUCUUGGUGCUCUCUCUUUCUCUUCCUCCCCCUCUCCCUCUCUCCUCCCCUUCCCUCUCCUUUUUCCCUCUUUCCCUCUCCCCUCUUUCUCUCUCCUCCACACACACACACACACACACACACACACACACACACACACACA